CACAGGAACCAAGCCCCAACUGUGACCUAGCACCCCUCGGAUCCCGUGCAGGCGACGCACGACCAUGUCUGCUACCGCAGACAGCAAUGCACAAGCCAGCCCCAAGAGGCCGGUUACCCCUCCUAUCUCAGUUCAGCAGGCGGACGAAACGCUACUGGCGUUUCUCAAAAGUCUCCAGCUCUACUCGGACACCACUGCAGCUGAACUGAGCAAGUGGGAAGAGGAGGAAACCGCCCGCCAGCAGGAAAUUCAACGCCAGCUGGCAGAGGCAGAGGCAGCACGUCAGCAGGCCACAGCAGAAGCUGCAGCAGCCGCACGGUUGCAACAGGAGCAGGUCGAGGCAAGCCAAAACCAAGUUUGUUACCAAGCUACAAUCGAUCUCGCCAACGAAGAAACCACGUACCGGAGGUUACUCCGACAGCAGCAUUUUCGAGCAAACGAGGAACAAGAGGAGCCGACCGAGGACGAGAGAAACAAGGAGGCCAAAGCAGUUUUGAUGGAGAAUCUGCUGUACAUGUGCAAUUGGCAGCAACGUGAACUGCUGGCCAUGCGGCAGGUCUUCAUCCGCCACGAAACAACGUUUAAAGCACUGGACAAGAAGAUCGCUACCAUACAGGCCGAGAUCAGCACACUACACGCCGCCAACAGCCAGCAGCAGACACUCAACACCGGGUUGGCACAACUGUCGGCAGCUGCGUCGACGAGCAGUGCAGUGGCAGACUGCAGCCCAGCUUUGGCCGCUCAGGCCAAGCAACUCGAGGAGCGGAUCAACCACCUGGUCGCAUCCCUCGGCGACAUCAGCAAGUUUGCUGGAGCAUCCACAGUCAGCAAUCAGCUGCAGACGCUCAGAGACCGCGUUCAGCAACGACCGGCCGCCGUUGCCAAGGAAUGGAAGAUGCCGAACUUCAAGACCGAGAAGUUCGACGACUACCACAAGACUGAUCCGCUGCAAUGGUGGAUGGCAUUCAACGCAGAGGCGGAUGUACAUCACACCCCACCACUACGGCGGCUUGACGCACUCUACCUCCAACUCAUCGGAGGGGCGCAGGCUUUCAUCACACACAUGGCCGUCACGUUGGAAUGCACCAUCGCCACCCUCCACACCAAGAUUACGUGGGAGGAGUUUGAGAAGAAGUGGAAGACCCGGUUCAUGGUCAACAACGACAAGCGUCACGCCAUGAACAAGAUCUUCCACAUGUUUCAAGGCCAGCAACCUUCACGGGAGUGGCUGACGGAGUGGCAAAGACUCGUCGCCACCCCAGAGUUGAACUUAACGUUCGGCGCAAUCCGGGCCGAAUUCUUCGCUCGAUCUUGCGACGCCUUGACAGCUGUGCUGGGCAGCGAAUUCCAGUAUAAGACCUUUGAUGACAUGAUCUCAAAGGCGAGAGAACUAAUCCAAGAUAACCGGCGCGCAGCCAACGAGGCCCGCCAACAGCCCGGCUAUGUGGGGAAAGGCAAAGGGAAAGGCAAAGGUCAACGGACUCCGCAAGUAGCAGCAGUCCAGCAAGGACCAAGUGAGGACCACAGCCGCGUCUACGUCAAGUGACGGAGAUGUGGCAGCAGCGAUACCACCGCAGCGCUCAAGACCCCUAGGGGGAAAACAAAAGGCGAAACCAGCG